AUGCGCCCCGCGCGUCGGAGCUUCCUCGCGGCGGCAGCGGCAGCGCUCGUCGGCGCCGUCGCGGUCGGGCAGGCCGACGGACAGGUCUCGGCUAAUAUACUGAGCGUGGCGUGCGAAGGCCAGACGGCCACUCUAUCGAUGCAAGACAAUGAAGCGACGUACACUUGUGAAAAUGGUAGCAACGGCAACAAGAUGAUGGUGGCGGACUUCGAGGUGCACGUGCAGGCGUCCGAGGUGACGCUUAAUCUCCAGAAUGAUUACACACUACGAACGCUGAACAUCACGGGCGGGAAUGGGACGCCGACAAUCAACAGCGCUGAAUCCCUUAACUUGGCAGUUCUCCACGAAUUACACCGCCUGCGGUUCGAGAGCGUGAAGUUCGUCGCGGAUACGGUCUUGACACUUCCAACCGACAUGUCCGAUUUACACAUCACUGUUUCCUCGAUGACAGAUUUAUCUCUCGCCAACUAUCCGACGAAUUUUACUGUCAUUAAUUUAACGGACACUUCAUUCGACCAAAUCCCCAAGGUCUUGUACGAGCGGCAAUAUGAGAGCAACAUGGACAUCUCCGGCCCAGGGGAAGAUAUCAGCGCAGGUGACAGCAGUGGCGGAAUUUCCACAGGAGUUUUAGUUGUGAUUAUCGUGUUGGUCGUCGUGAUCGCUGUGGUUCUGGCGUUCUUCAUCCUGCGGAUGUACUUCAAGCGGAAGGCUGCCAACUCGAAUGCGCACAACAACGAAGCUACAACGACGCUAAUGAGCAAGAGCGAUGCGACUGCGGACAAGGGCUCCUUCAUUUCUAACGACGAGUUCCUGCGAAACUUCCGUCUGCCUCAGAGCGACGUGUCACUCGUCAAGUCCGUGGGCACGGGCCGCUUAUGGGUGGGCGAAUAUAACGGUGGAAAGGUGAUGGUGAAGCGCGUCGAGUCCGAGGUGACGGACUCGUAUGUAACAAAGGCAUUGAUGGCACAGGCGCGCACCUUCGCGACGAUUUCGCACCCGAACAUCACGAGUUUAGUUGGCGUUACGUGGCUUGCUGGGACCGACUUCGCUGUGGUGACCGAAUUCAUGGACAAGAACAACCUGAAGACGGUGCUCUCGAAUACGGACGUGGACCUUGACGUCAGUACGAAGCUCCAGAUGUGCUGUGAUGUGGCACUAGCGUUGGCAUACCUGCACGAGACGGAGCAAAAUAUGUGCGCGAAGCAAUUGUCCAGCCGGAAGGUCCUCGUCAACAACGCCAUGGGCUGCAAGCUAAGUCUGUUCGAGUGCGUCCCGAGCUCCGCCAAACUUGGAGGACCCAGCAAGGUUGCCGCAUAUUCGUAUGGCAUGGGCGAGGUGGCGUGGCUAGCUCCGGAAGUGCUCACGCGCUCGUCUCCGAUGGACGCGCGGAAAAACAACAUUUUCGCCUUCGGUAUCCUAGUUAGCGAGAUUUUCACGCGGGUAUCACCGUACCAGUCGCUCGUUGAGGAGAAGGGCAACACGAUGUCCGACGUGGAGCUUGUAGCGCGUGUCCGGCGCCAGGAGCCGCUGGUACCACACGAGAACCGGCAGGAGUACCUGGACACCCCCGCAAGUGUGCGGCAGUUGGUCGAGCAGUGUCUCUCGUACGCGCCUAUGAGCCGGCCAACGGCGAAGGACCUCGUGGAGGUUUUGCACAACGCAAAAGAAGAACUAGUGACAAACAGCAUCUGA